CAAGGCUGCAACUUAUUUCCUAAUUAGCACAAUCAACGAAUUAACCUCUUUGCGAUGUCACAAAGUCACAACUAUUUUGUAGGUCGGCGAGUGUCGUUUCAAGGGCAAUUAUGCACGACCCGAUAUAUUGGAGAGGUGAAGGGAACAGAGAAGGAAUGGCUAGGCGUUGAAUGGGACGACCCUUCGCGGGGUAAGAAUGAUGGGAAAGGGUACUUUGAAUGUAAGUUUCUUGAUAUGGGAGAUAUUUUUGGGACCAACUUCUAAUAUCUAUAGGUUUGAGCAAAGCACCAACUCCAGCAAGUUUCAUACGUCCUACCAGAAAACCAGAUCCCGAGCAGAGCUUUGUGGAGGCGGUAUUUCAUAAAUAUGCCUCUGGAGAUGGCCUGGACCCAAGCAAGCAAAUUGUGAUAUCUGGAAAGGUUGCAGAGGAGGUUGGGUUUGAUAAGGUUGCACGGCAGCAGGCCCAGGUGCAUGAACUGAAAAUUGUCCUGGUUGAUGGACAACGCAUCAAUAGGGCUCAUACCAAAUCUCAGACGAAAGAGGCCUCUGCUACAUCAGGGACAGAUAGAUCAAUGGUAGAUCUUACUGUUGGUGAAGCAUUUCCAAGCAUCGUCGAGUUGGACUUGAGUAGGAAUUUGUUCAGAUCUCUGCAUGAGAUAGAAAUCAUUUGUGAGCAGUUGAAGAAUCUGAGAAUCUUAAGAUUAAAGUAAGCGAUUUUCAAAUGUUGACGAAGCUUAACUAAUAUGAUUAUUGUAGCGGGAGUAGAUUAAAGCUUGAUACAAGCAAAAUCUUAGAUGCAAUUAUGCUGGGAUCUGCUGAAGAAGUCUUCAAUAUGAUUAAGUCUCUAGAAUUGGAUGAAAACCUCAUUGAUUGGAAUGAACUUUGCAUACUCAUGCAAAGGUUCACCUCUACAGUAUCUCUGACAGCAUCAUCAAAUGGCUUCCAGAAAUUGAGUUCACCUCUCACGAAUUGUUCUCUUACCUCUUUAACUCUUGAGUAUAAUGACUUCACAUCAUUGACAGAUCUGGAGGUAUUGACUCAACUCACAUCCCUCGAAUCGUUACUUCUUAAAGGAAACAAAAUAUCUACAACAGGAACGAUGUCAGGGUCUGGUUCUGUUAAAACAUUCACGCCAUUGAUUUUCAAUAAAAAGUUAUCAUACAUCGACUUAUCUUACAACCAAAUCGACAAAUGGGAUUUUGUGGAUGAACUCGUCCAUAUAUUUCCUGGCAUGACAUCUUUGCGAAUAUCUAAGAACCAAAUCUAUCAAGAAAAAGGCGACACUUCCACAAUGGGAAGUCUUAAUGAGGAAUUCAUGUUAACAUUAGCACGUCUUGGGAGUCUCCAAAAAUUGAACUUUAGCAGCAUUACCCCUCAAGAUCGAAAUAACGCAGAAUUAUUUUAUCUUUCCGAAAUUGGCAAGGAACUUGGAGCUGUUGGAUCAGAUCAGGAAUCUUCAGUCGUUUCCAGACACAAACGAUAUAAAGAGUUGUGUGAUCUUCAUGGUCCUCCGGUAGUGGUGAGGAAAGAAAAAGCGGAGAUCAAUCCUGCUUUUCUGGAAGCACGUUUGAUUAAAUUCACAUUCUACGUUCCAGCAAAUCCAGAGAUUGAUCAAAAGGAAAACACAAUAGUGAAGGAGAUUCCUAAGGCGUUUAGCAUAUACCGGGUCAAGGGAAUUGUGGGAAGAAUACUAGAUCGUAGACCCUUGAGCUUGAAACUUAUUUGGGAAACGGGAGAGUGGGAUCCAGUGGCGGGUUAUGAAGAUGUUGAUGAGUACGAUGACGAUAACGAUAACGGGGUAGACAAGGGCGCAGAAGGUCUUGCAUCUGUGAGCUUGUCUGGUGAGAUUGAAAAACAAUCAAGAGGAAACUAUUCUGGCAUGGAAAUUGACAAAGUUGCUACACAAACUCACGAACAAUCCGGGAAAUCCAUAGCAGGCAAAUUCAUGAAAAGAGAAGUAGAGUUAGAAGAUACAACGAAAGACGUUGGGCUUUGUGUGGAUGGUAUGGAGGCUAGAGUAAGAGUGGAAUUCAAAGAUUCGAGGAAAUUUCCUGGAUGCGAAAGGUCAGAUUAGAUUAAGUUGAGUAUAUUUUAGCAUAUUACAGUACAUGUGUUUGAUACCCAAUUGCAUAGCACAACACUAAAAGAGAACAGAACAGAACAGAACAAUUUACUAAAGCGCAGUAAGGUUAAGAUUUAUAAGUAU